AGCGAAAUACCAAAUCCUAACCGCAUCCCGGACCCUAUGGAUGACUUGCACUUAUGAGUGACCAACCUCAAAACACAUCCAGACGUCAUUCUUGCAGUUUGUCCAGGACGGCACCGUUCAGUGACUCCGGGUUCGAAACAUGAGUAAGCUCACGGGAUACACGGAAUUCUUGACCGUCAUCAUCCGCUGCCUCGAUGAGAACCCCCCAGCUCCAGACAUCGGCGACUUCAACAUCUACACUGGGCCAGUAUCGCUGCCUCUCAACGGCAUCGCGACAUCGACCGUCAUCCAGUCGUUCUAUGAAGCACGCCACCAGGCCAUUCGAAGCAGCUGCCUGACUGCCGAGCGCAAGACUCUAUGGUCGAAAUUCGCGAGAGAAGUUGUCCUCGCUUACGCAGCAGUUUCAUCACCGCCCCAGAGAACCGUCCCAGCCAAGUUUUUACAGAAGCCAAUCCAACACAUCCUUGAUGCACUGGCAACUAUCAUGGAGUUGAGGAACCACGACGCACGAUCCCCUGUUCGCAUCGUGGAGUUGAUACCGUAUGAUAGCGAGCAGGAUAAUGCCAAGGCGGAAGACUAUUGGCGAGAAGUCAAGCUUGAAAGUCUACGGCCAUGCCUUCAACUGGCUAUUCGUCUUCUGGAGGUGAUGAUGCCCGAUCGGAUCGACUUCUGGGAGGAAUACCGGGAAACAUUGGCCAGCACAGAGUGGAAGGACACAUUCAUCAACGACUCCCCGGAAUCGCGCAGGCUUACCCUCAUGGGACCAUCUGAUCGUGCCGAACUUCGUGCACAGCUGCUCGCUGCGCGGAGCGAUGUUCCACAGGGAUGACGCAGUCUAGUCUCUCUGAGCGGGGCGAUCACACACGAUGGAACCAGUCGCGAUUUUGCCGAGGAAUGUGCAACAAAGCGAGCCAGCUCCUCCACGAGUUCCUGAGCGGAGUGUGGAAAUAGCGCUCGCAACCUCGACUAGACACUAAGAACUGCGAACCCUCAGCUCUUCGUCUUGA